GGAAGUCGUUGCCGCCUACACUGACGCCGCAAUGCAGAGGGAGGAGAAGCAGCUUGAGGCAUCAUUAGAUGCACUGCUGAGUCAAGUGGCUGAUCUGAAGAACUCACUGGGGAGUUUCAUUUACAAGUUGGAGAACGAGUAUGACCGGCUGACCUGGCCCUCUGUUCUGGACAGCUUUGCCUUGCUCUCUGGACAGUUGAAUACUUUGAACAAGGUCUUGAAGCACGAAAAGACACCACUGUUCCGUAACCAGGUUAUCAUCCCUCUGGUGUUGUCCCCAGACCGAGAUGAGGAUCUCAUGCGGCAGACUGAAGGACGAGUGCCUGUUUUCAGCCAUGAGGUGGUCCCUGACCAUCUGAGAACCAAACCUGAUCCUGAGGUUGAAGAGCAAGAGAAGCAACUAACAACAGAUGCUGCCCGCAUUGGUGCUGAUGUGGCUCAGAAGCAGAUCCAGAGCUUGAAUAAAAUGUGCUCAAACCUCCUGGAGAAAAUCAGCAAAGAGGAGCGGGAAUCAGAGAGUGGAGGUCUUCGGCCGAACAAGCAGACCUUUAACCCUGCAGACACCAAUGCCUUAGUAGCAGCUGUGGCCUUUGGGAAGGGGCUGUCUAACUGGAGACCUUCAGGCAGCAGUGGUCCUGGCCAGCCAGGCCAGCCGGGAGCCGGCACAAUCCUUGCAGGAGCCUCAGGAUUACAGCAAGUGCAGAUGGCAGGAGCUCCAAGCCAGCAGCAGCCAAUGCUCAGUGGGGUGCAGAUGGCCCAAGCAGGUCAAACAGGAAAAAUGCCAAGUGGAAUAAAAACCAACAUCAAGUCAGCUUCAAUGCAUCCCUACCAGCGGUGAGUGUGGCUGGCAAUCCCCACUCCCAGGUGCUCUUUGCAGAGGUGGGCAGUGAAAUCGCCUUUUGCCCAAAGCUGAACUAGAUGUGUACAAUAAAAAGAACGUGAGCUUUCAGCACCAGACAAAUCCCAGCUUCACCACUGACUGACUGUGUGACCUUGGGCAAGUGACCUAAUUUUUCUGAACCCGUUUUCUUGUUUAUAAAUGGUGAUACCUACCUCAUAGGGUUGUUGUGAGGAUUAAAAUGAGAAAAUGAAUGUAAAACACU